GCCUCGCUCGCAGUCGCGCACGCCUCAGCGCGGUAACGGACGCGCCCCCCAGCUCGCCGGCCCGGCCCCGGGAUGGUCCCCAAGCCCUCAGACUCCGCGGAGGGGCUCCGCGCCGCCGGCAACCAGAGCUUCCGCAACGGCCAGUUCGCCGAGGCCGCGGCGCUCUACAGCCGCGCGCUGCGGAUGCUGGAGGCGCAAGGUUCUUCGAACCCCAAAGAAGAAAGUAUUCUCUACUCUAACCGGGCAGCAUGCCACUUAAAGGAUGGCAACUGCAGGGACUGCAUCAAGGAUUGCACUUCAGCCCUGGCCCUGGUUCCCUUCAGCAUGAAGCCCCUGCUGCGGCGAGCGUCGGCCUAUGAGGCUCUGGAGAAAUACCCCCUGGCUUAUGUCGACUACAAGACUGUUCUGCAAAUCGAUGACAGCGUGACGCCAGCCUUGGAAGGCAUCAACAGGAUGAGCAGAGCUCUUGUGGACUCCCUUGGGCCCGAGUGGCGCCUGAAGCUGCCCUCCACCCCCUUGGUGCCUAUUUCAGCUCAGAAGAGGUGGGAGUCCUUGCCCGCAGAAUGCCGCAGAGAGACAGCUAAAAGCAAAGUCAAAGAAACCACAACUGCAAAGAGCAGAGUGCCUUCUGCUGGGGAUGUGGAGAGAGCCAGAGCUCUGAAGGAAGAAGGCAAUGAGCUUGUAAAGAAGGGAAACCAUAAGAAAGCUAUUGAGAAGUACAGUGAAAGCCUCUCAUUUAGUGACAUGGAGUCCGCCACAUACAGCAACAGAGCGCUCUGCCAUUUGGUCCUGAAGCAGUACAAGGAGGCAGUGAAGGACUGCACAGAGGCCCUGAGACUGGAUGGAAAGAAUGUGAAGGCCUUCUACAGGCGAGCUCAAGCCUACAAGGCACUCAAGGACUAUAAAUCCAGCUGUGAAGACCUCACCCGUCUCCUGCAACUUGAGCCCAGGAACGGCCCUGCCCAGAAGUUGCAGCAGGAAGUUAACCAGAGCUUAAACUAAAAACCCCAAAGGGCAGUGGGAAACCUCUGCCUGAGCUCCCUCCUCCGUGCCUGCUCCUGGGACCCCGCCUGCCCCAGAGUGAGCUCUGAAGCAACUCGGAGGUGAUGGCUUCCUACCCCUUAAGAGGCUUGACUUGUUCAAAUUAAGCCCCAUGUAGUAAAAAAAAAAAAAAAUUGUUUUGCUGGGACGGUCCCCACUCCUCCUGCCCCAGGUCCACAGAAACAGGCCCUCCUCGGCAGAGCACUUGGCUCUGUCCCCGCCCCAAGCAUGCCGCCACCCGCUGCCCCUGUAGCUUCUCCAGACCCGUCUCACUGUGAUUCAUCUGCACAAACCGAGCUCCGGGGUGGGGGCGGGUGAGGGAUAAACCAGAAGACCCUGGCCCACCGGCACCCAAAGCAGCCUGUUGAGCUGGUUCUCCAGGGCUGCCCUCCCCACCUGUCCUUGGCAGAGGCCCGUCUUCUGAGCCCCAGUGCCUUUUGGCUGGGCCCCCCUCCAGCAGGGAUGCAGGAUUGGGACUCUGGCUGGCUCUGCGCUGCCGAACCCGCGUGGAGGUGCCUGACGUAUUUGGAGGGUCCAGAGGUGUGGUCACUUCCAAAGGUGGGACAGAGAGAAAGGCCUUCUCGAAGUUUGUGUCCUGCUCGGGGCAGGGACUUCCUGUUGACCUCAACAGUGGCCACCUCCAAGCUUCUUGGUUCUUUGUAAUAUGAGGUUAAUUUGAACUAAACACACUGAUGUUGAACUGUCUGUCUAAGCUUUUGCAUUAAACAUCUUAUACAUAAAA